AUGCUUCUCUCCAAGGCAUUUGUUCUUCUGGGAGUUCUCGUUACUUUCAGCAGCUCAGCCCCUGUAGCCGCUCCCCCCGACAGCGCAGCCCCAGUCGAUGACGAAGUCGACGAAGCGCCCCCAAACGAUUAUCCAGAGAAACGGCGAUCUAUGUGGCGGGCCGAUGGAGUUGAAUUCCAGACUCUUGUAGACUCUGGCGGUUUUCUCUCCAAGGCCGCCAGAAACAAAGUCAAGCCAGAAUACCGUCUAAGCCACCACGUCAUGGAAUCUACAGGCACCCUCUACAGUAUAAAAAACACCGGUUAUAUCUCCACAACGUCAAGUUUCGCUCAGGGCAAGGGUAUGGUCAAUUCACUCCUCAAGGGAAACGGCUAUCUCUACGAGAUCGGUUAUGGAAGAAACCUUAUCGACGUCAACGAGAGCCUAGGGAAAUACAACAAAUUCAAAUCCGAGAAAGAAUUUGCUGCCAUUCAAAAAAUUCCGCUCGAACAAAUCAAGGGCUAUUAUAAGUUCACGACAAAUGCUGACGGAAGGUUAACCAAGGGUGUAUACAAGAGAAACCCUCAUUUCAAAACGAUGCCAUACGAAUUUGUCCAGACAAGCCCGGGCAUGACAGGCCCGGCACAACAUGGCGGCCCCCAGUAUUCACUUGUUGGCUUCCCCGAUGACCAUGAGAUUUGGAAGCAGGAGCCAUGGUCAAUGUACUAUGAUACACGACUUAAGGUGGAUGGAUAGGCACGGUGCGCUUGAAUAGUGUGGAGGACUGUUCUCCGCCGAUACAACGCUUACAACGCCCAAUUUAAGGAUGCAUGCCGGUACAAUGUCAAAGACUAAGGAGCCUCCGGACGGACCCACCGCAAGAAGUGAGGUUGAGAUUACCAAUGUGAAGACUGUAGAGAACAGUUUUCCGCCGAUGCAACACGUGCAACGCCCACUUUGCAAAAGCAAACCGGUACAGGAUCAACGACCGAGCAGCCUUCGAAUAGGGCAACUGCGAGCUGUGAGGGUAGAUCCGCCAACUGAAAUACUACUGGAUACCAUUGCCAUGAGUAUUUUCAGAAGGUGGACUCUCGGCAGAGAAUUUGAGCUUUAAUGUAUUGGGCGCGAACGAAGAAGUGUAAGGCUAAUUUACACUACCGCGGAGGGUAAACUUGAAGAUAGACAGAGAGGUAUAGAUCGC